CACUAUUAACUGCCAUUCACAAACCGCCGCCUCGUAUACUGUGUGUACGCUUGUAAACAUACGCUAUUUCUCUGGUCCGUCUCAGGUCGUCCGUUCCGCAUUUCCACGCCGGUGUUGUAGUUGCUUGCACUCGACAUAAUAUUACUAUUAUAUUUUCGAAGCAGUGAAGCCACCCCCGCCGCCAUCACCAGACUAUUGACUAUAUUAAUCGUAUUUAAAACAAAUAAGCAUAAUGUCUGACGAUGGAGUUGUUGCAGAAAAGAGGAAUCGUGGAAGAGCUCCAAAAUCAAAUGACGUAAAUGACAAAGACAUUAAAGACAAAGAAACUAAAAAACGCGGCAGACCAGCAGGUAAACUACCAGCAAAGGCUGAUAAAAAGAUUGAAAAAGAAGGUGAAAAUGGUGAACCCGUAGCUAAAAGAGGCCGAGGAAGGCCUAAGAAGGGUCAAAAGAAAGCCAAAGCUGUGUCGUCGGGGAGAGGACGAGGCAGACCACCAUCAAAGAAGGUGGAGAAAGAAGAAUCUGCUGAAGAUAAUGACGAGGAGGAAGAUGAAGUAGAGGAUGAAGAUUAAAUAAAAAUUAGUUAUGUCUCAUACUAUAUACUUCGCCAUUAAUUUUACAUUUAUUUAAUAAGGAUCAAGAAUAAUUUUAAUUUUUAAUUUUUUGAUUUCGGAAAUAUUUA